UAUUACGAUCACACAGACGAAUAAUGCCUCGAGUCUAUCCAGUUAUAUAGUUUAGCGUUUCCGUCCGAGUACGUCUGCUGCCCGCGUUAGCGUUGCACGUGCGAUGGUGCCAUGUCCGUCGGCCGGUGCGAUUGUCGCGGGUAUUUUGACAUUUUACUCAUUGAUUGUUCGAGGAUCGGCAGCCGAUGUUUUGAGUACAGGUCAACUCAUUGAAAACCAUGGUCAUCAAUCGUAUAGCAAGCAUUCGGUAAUAACUGAAGAUGGAUAUAUAAUUAACUUAUUUCACAUCAAAGGCCAAGGCGGGCCACCAUUUUUACUUCUCCAUGCACUUAUGGGAGCAUCCGACCAAUGGUUACUAAGAGACAGAGAUCAUGAUUUACCCUCAAUUUUGGUUAACAGUGGUUACGACGUCUGGAUGGGCGAUUUUAGAGGGAACUUAUAUUCUAAGAAACACACCCACCUCAAUGUAUCCGAUCCGGAAUAUUGGAAAUUCAGCAUUGACGAAUGGGCGUAUUAUGAUGUGCCGGCCAUGAUGGAUUACGUGUGCAACAAUACCGGGUACGAUAAAAUGUACGUAGUGACGUACUCUUUGAGCAGUGCCAUUUUGCUGGCCACCGCGUCCGAAAGACCCGAGUACAACGACAAGAUCAUCGUCAGCUAUCAUCUGGCCCCGUUCUUGGCGUUCACCAACAUCAAAUCACUUCUGCUACGGAUAAGCAUACAAUUCGGAGAAUUUUACUUGGCAAUAUCACGGGCCAUCAAGAAUCACCAACUGUUUUCAAGGAAUCAUUGGUCAGUGAACUCUAUAUCGCUGUUUUGUAAUAAAAAAUCAAUUUUCUUGAAGGCGUGUGUGACCUUGUUGUCUGAAUUUUUCGGAUUAGACACUUCUGGAAACUCUACUACGAACCUAGAUUUUAAGUUGGCUUACUCAAGAGCGGGAGUAUCGUUGAACAGUAUAGACCAUUUACUUCAAAUGAUCAAAACCCAUAAAUUUCAACAUUACAAUUUAGGACGUAAUAAAAAUUUGGAAAAAUACGGUCAACCCGAACCACCGGAAUACGAUCUACGAAAAGUCACGUCACCCGUUGUAUUAUACUACAGCAAAAACGACAAGGUCGUAGACAGUGGUACUAUACACAAGCUGAUCUCGGUUCUGCCAAAUGUCUACCAAAAUAUAAUAAUUCCUCAUGAUAAAUUUGGCCAUGUAGAUUAUGCAUUUAAUUCAAAUGCUAAAACAUUAGUAUUUGAUUCGGUUAUUAAUAUCGCAAGACAAUUUAGAAUCGCACCAAGACAUCAGCAGUACCAUUAUUAUUAUUAAUUAUUAUAACUGACAAUAUUUUAUUGUAAAUAUGUAACUAUUUUAUUAUUUUUGUACAAUCAUUGUUUUUAUUGAAUUAUAC